AAAAUCCUGACGAUGAUCCCCACAGAGGAGGAGAAGCAGAAGAUCCAGGAGGCCCAGCUGGCCAAUCCUGACGUCCCGCUGGGCUCGGCUGAGCAGUUCCUCCUCACUCUGUCUUCCAUCAGCGAGCUCUCUGCCAGACUCCAGCUCUGGGCCUUCAAGAUGGACUACGAGACAAUCCAGAAGGAAGUAGCAGAGCCGCUGCAGGAUCUGAAGGAGGGUAUGGAACAGCUGGAGAAGAACAAAACUCUCCGAUACAUCCUGGCCACUCUGCUCUCCAUGGGGAACUUCCUCAACGGCACCAAUGCUAAAGGCUUCGAGUUGACAUAUUUGGAGAAGGUUUCCGAGGUGAAGGACACAGUUCAUAAGCAGUCUCUGCUGCAUCACGCCUGCUCCGUGGUGGUGGAGAACUUCCCUCAGAGCACCGACCUGUACUCUGAGAUUGGGGCCAUCACACGAUCUGCAAAGGUGGAUUUCGACCAGCUGCAGGAGAACCUGUGUCAGAUGGAGCGGCGCUGCAAAGCCUCAUGGGACCACCUGAAGGUGAUCGCCAAGCACGAGAUGAAGCCUCAGCUGAAGCAAAAGAUGUCUGACUUCCUCAAAGACUGCGCUGAGAGGAUCAUCAUCCUCAAGAUAGUCCACCGCAGGAUCAUCAACAGGUACCUCUCCUCCUCCAUUCAACUAGACACAACCUUUACAUCCGAUACUGACUCACCUUUUCAUUGA